AUGAGCACAUUUACAAUAGUUUUCAAUACAAUUAACAACGUGAUGAUUAAACAGGAACUUGAAAAAGCUACUAAAGCCGCAAAAGAAGUUGAAACUAUCGGUUACCAACGUUUUCUAGAGGCGAAAUUAGCCACUGAGACUGAAUUAAAGCUAAGUCGAGAAGUAGUGGAGAAAACUAAAAAUCUUAUAAAAGGAAUGAUACAACAACACGAACAAAAUCAUGAAUACAUUUUAAGUACUUUAUAUAGUGUGGAAGAAUCAGUACAAAAUUUAAAGGAUGCGAUGGAUUUGUUGAAAUUAGAAGAUAAUAUGGAAUCGAUGACUCAAGAAUUUGUGGACUUGUUACGAAAGUUCUUCAAGGAAGCAAACCAUCUGGAUAAAAUUUACCAAGAAUUUUCCAAUUAUGGUUUUAAACCCGAAAAAUAUGACAAAGAUUCAUUAAUAAAUUUUGUUAUUAAGAACUUAGACGGCGAAACUUUUGGAAUUAUAAGAAGUUUGCAAAGAAAGCUAGUAAAUAACAAAGGCUUGUUUCAUUUAGCUUCAUAUGUUGGAGUAGAAAAAUAUAUAUUAUAUACUAGAAGUAAAUCUUCUUUGCAAUUUAUCUUAAACUUAUUUAGUUAUUAUGUACUCAUUGAAAUAAGAACGUUGGUGGUGAUUAGCUUUUCAAAGAACGUUGCAACGCACAUAGAACCUAAAACGAAUAUGUAUUGGCAAGAUCAUAAAGAGUACGAUUUAGAGGUGGAUUAUCGAGUGAAAAAUACACUCGAAAUGUUGCAAUUUCACUCGAAUUAUGUUACAGGAAGAUAUUGGGUUUACGAUUCAUACAAAAAUCCAAUUGGUCAUAAUUAUGUAACGUUUACCAAUUUCAUGAGGGGAUUUAUUUUGCGCGGAUCAAAAUGUUCUGAAAUAGGAAAUUCUAAAAAUGAUGAUGAAGAUAAACGAAAUGAUGAAAAAGAUGAAGACUUUAAUUGUACAAUAUCAAACCCUAAUAAGUGCGAAGGAGAAUUAAUCCCGGUCGAUGAUCCAAUUAAUUUCUCGAAACGAAAUCGCUCAGUGAUGAACGUUUGUUUUAGUCGAAAAGAGAAUAGAAAUUAUGAUUACGUCAAAUUCAAUAAAGGCCCAAAAAACGCCAAAUGUAGCGGUACAUCUAAAAUUUUUCCUUAUCUAGAAGGAUGUGAAAGUUGCUUUUUCUUGUGUUAUGACCAUUUUGAAAAUUCUAGUGAUAGAUAUAUCAGUUUGGAUGAAAUGGUUACAAAUAUCACCGAGAAACGAAUUAUCACUGGAGUACGUUUUAAUAAACAUAAUGGUGUAAUUGGGAUUGAUAUCCAAGAAACUCAAAUAGAUAAGGCGGGUUGUGCAUUGCUAAAUACCACGAAAUGGAUUAUAAAUAAAGGGAAAAAAUUGUUUGCUCUAAACCCAACAAAACUUCAUUUAUAUUUGGGUGAAAUCCGAACUAACAAUAAGAAUCGAGUUGUAACUGGUUUAAGAUUUGAAGAAAUCGCCGACGGCUUACAAUUACAAGUAAGAUUCCACGAAUUAAUUAAAUGUGCUCAAAAUAGUACUCUCGUCGCAAGUACUUUAAAUUGGAUUACAACGGAAAAAAGUGCACGUAGAAUUGAUGUAUCGAAUAAAGAAGUGCCCAACCAUCACUCCGAUUUAAGUCUUCCCAUUAAAAGUUUUGGGAAUUCUAAAAUUCGAAUCGGCGCAAGUGAUUUUGAAAGUGAUGGUGCACAAACUACGGUGCCUUUUUUUGAUACACGUGAAGUGGUUUGUGAGCCGCCUGUCGCGUUAUGGGGAAUCGGCUGGAUAUAUAAAGGCGAAAGUGAAUAUUACAGCGGUUAUGUAGCUCCGUAUUUAAUAAGUGCGAAUUAUUUGUACGACAUCGAUAUGGAAAAUCUUCUAAAUUUAGCUGAAAGAUCAAAUGAUGCGUCAAUUCUACAAGUUACUAAAAGGGAAAAUCCAUCAAAAAAUAAUGGGAUCGAUGCAUGGAAAUGA